UUGAUCAUGUGACUACCGCUUUCCCUGAAUCGCAAACAUUGUACACAACACUUUUAACACUGUUUUUACUUUGUCUGUGCCAAGUGGAAAGGCUACAAGCAGUAAGGACGCCACAGGCGCUAUAUGGCAAAACGGGGAGCUCUUUACACAUUUAUUAAAUACGACAGGUGCAACGCAAACCAGAGGGCUUUGGUUGAAGAGUCCAUUCGUUCUGGAAUCAACAUGUAUAAGCCACACCACCAGCCAGCCUAAAACUAUUUGGAGCAUCAUCUGAAGAAGAAUAAUUCAGAUGAUUAGCUAAUAAUUAGCUGGUUGAGAAGCUGAAUCAGCCUUUUUUCCUCUUGCUCUCUGUCUGUUCUGCAUAUUUUCUUAGGACACUAUGGUUAGGUGACCUCAGAUCACACUCACUUCAUUCCAUCUCUGGCUGUCACCUGACUGGUGGUUGCCAUGGCUUUACAAAAUGGAUACUCCAUCAACUCCACCCCACUGGACGAGAGUCGAGACACAUCACUCCUACUUAAAAAAGAAGUGGUGGAUCUUGAUGAUUCAGUACCUCCACAAUGUUGCUCUGCACGCUGCAAUCUGGCCAUCAUGAUGUUCUUCGGAUUCUCCGUUGUCUACGGUCUCCGUGUCAAUCUAAGUGUUGCCAUGGUCGCCAUGGUCAAUGGAACCAAUAGCCAACCAUCUCUCAACAGCUCAGUUGGCCAUGAGUGCCCAGUGUCCUCCCAUGGGAACAACAACGGCAGCCAAACCCCAGACCAACCAGAUGGGAUACCUCAGUACUCGUGGGAUUCUCCAACUCAGGGCCUGCUGCUGGGGGCGUUCUUCUUUGGCUACCUGUUGACUCAGAUCCCUGGGGGUUACCUGGCAGGGCACUUUGGGGGGAGUAUCUUCUUGGGGGGAGGGGUGCUUGGCACCGCAGCCCUCACCCUCCUCACCCCCCUGGCAGCCCAGCUAGGACCCUACUGGCUGUUUGGCUUACGGGCACUGGAAGGAUUUGGGGAGGGGGUGACAUUCCCGGCCAUGAUGGCCAUGUGGGCUCGCUGGGCUCCCCCUCUAGAGAGGUCUCGUCUUAUGACCCUGUCGGGGUCAGGGGCAAACUUUGGGGCUUUUGUAGCCCUGCCCCUCACCGGCUUCAUCUGUCACAGUCUGGGCUGGCCCGCUGUCUUCUACAUAUGUGGGGGUGCUGGUUGCAUUUGGACAGUGUUCUGGUUCAUUCUGGUGUCUGACCAGCCUGGCACUCAUCCACGAAUCAGCACAAGAGAAAAACAUUACAUCAUCAACUCCAUAGGAAAAGAUGGUGGUGCCCAUGGCUGGUCAGUGCCUUUGUUACCCAUGGUGCUCUCUGUUCCCCUGUGGGCCAUCAUAGUGUCUCAGAUGUGUGCCAACUGGGGUUACUACACUCUGCUCACCUCACUACCCACCUACAUGGACACGGUGCUUCACUUUGACCUCCGACAGAAUGCUUUUCUCUCAGCUCUGCCCUAUCUGGGUGGCUGGGCCUUCUCAGUGAUAUCAGGUGUAGUAGCAGACAGCCUCCUGGAGAAGGAGCUGUUGAGUAUCACAGCGGUCCGCAAGAUCUUCACUAUCACAGGUCUGCUGCUGCCUGCAGCCUUCCUGGUUGCUGUGGGCUACUCCGGCUGCAGUGGGGUGUUGGCUGUGACCUUCCUCACCCUCUCUACAACUGUAGGAGGCACCAGUGCAGCCGGGGUCUUCAUCAACCAGAUAGACAUUGCUCCACGGUAUGCGGGGGUGCUUUUAGGAAUCACCAACACUUUCGGGACUAUCCCAGGUGUUGUCGCGCCGAUCGUCACAGGUUACCUCACCAAAGAUCACUCCUUGGCGGGAUGGAGGAAUGUGUUCUGUCUAUCGGCCGGGAUCAGCGCCGGAGGAGCGCUUGUCUUCACCUUGUUUGGCAGCGGGAAGGUCCAGAAAUGGGCCCUGGCAGAGGAGGAUCAGGAGCAGGCAGAAACAGAGAGAGACGGGUUAAUCCCUACAUGACAGACAGACAUGACCUAAAGGGAAUAGGACCUGUAAGAAAUAAGCUGACCUCAGGUUAACUUGACUCCCCAUCAGGUGGUUUUAAAAAGGAUGGACCAGUGCAUUUUAAUAGUCUCUUAGUACACUGUGUUGGGAAUGGGACCCUAUAUAUAAUACAAUAUUCAUGAUAGAAUUAGGGACUUUUUAAAAUGGCCUCUUUAUAUACCAAAUGCCUUUCUUUAGUAUUGUUUACAACAAUCUGUUUCUGACCACGUUUGGUAUUUAUACUGAACAAAAAAAUAUAAAUGCAACAAGUAAAGUGUUGCUCCUAUGUUUCAUGAGCUGAAAUAUUUCUCAGAUUUUCUGCACAAAAUUUGCCAAAAUAAUCUAUCCACCUGACAGGUGUGGCAUAUCAUGAAUCUGAUUAAACGGCAUGAUCAUUACACUGGUGCACCUUGUGCUGGGGACAAAAGACCACUCUAAAAUGUGAUUUUUUUUCACACAACGCCACAGAUAAUUGGCAUGCUGACUACAGGAAUGUCCACCAGAGCUGUUGUCAGAGAAUUUAAUGUUAAUUUCUCUACCAUAAGCUAUCUCCAACGUCGUUUUAGAGAACAGCCUCACAACCGCAGACCACGUGUAACCAUGCCAGCCCAGGACCUCGACAUCUGGUUUCUUCCCCUGCUGGAUCGUCUGAGACCAGCCACCCGGACAGCUGAUGAAACUGAGGAGUAUUUCUGACAGUAAUACAAUUAUUUUGUGUGGAAAAAAUAAUUCUGAUUGGCUGGGCCUGGCUCCCAAGUUUGUGGGCCUAUGCCCUCCCAGGCCCACCGAUGGCUGUGCCCCUGCCCAGUCAUGUGAAAUCCAUAGAUUAGAGCCUAAUGAAUUCAUUUCAAUUGACUGAUUUCCAUAUAUGAACUAUAAUGUAUUUUUCUUCAGUGUAUAUAUAUAUACAGGAUGAGUCAUUAUGCCUUUUAUACUUAAAUCAAAGAGCUUUACAUUUAAUAACAGGCUACCCCUAGUGGUAUAAGGAAAUACACAGGCAACUUCUAAUAAACUAGAUUACUCUUUAAUUGAUCACUUUUAAGUGCUCUUAUACUUUUAUCUGCCACAUUUUAUAAAAAAAAUACCUGUGCUCUUCCCAGGAUUCAUUGCCUAUGAUUAGCCAUUGUCUAGUCUGUUGGCUAUAUAAUAAUUACUGCCCCAAACCAUUUGUUCUUUGAACAUGUUUUAAUUGAAUGACAGACAGAUGUACUUACAGAACUUGAACAAUUGAAAUGAACAAAACCAUCAAACAAAACUUUUUUUUUAGCACCACUUAUUUUACCGCCACUUAUUUGACCUCCAAUGUGCCCUUAAAGACAAUGCUGCACAAAAAAAGGUGGUUACCAAAAAUGUUUAAUUUGAGGAAAUGUACAUUCAUGUAAGAAUGUUUUGUUGGUCAAUGUAAAUUCAUGCAAGAACAUUUUGUAAGUGUUAUGUAAAAACAAAUCAAUGUGAAUGUUCAUAACAGAAAAAAAUCUGUGAAAUCAAAAUGUCAUGCUAUUUCCAGUAGCUUUAACUUUCCAUUAAAUAAUAUACCAAAUGUUCACAUAAUACA